GCUGGUUCCGUAGGGCAUUCUUUUCCUGGGCAUCAGCUCCACGCUCUCUUCCCUCUUCCGGGGACGAAUUGGUCUCACCAGUCCCCAGAAUCAUGGCGAGUGGGCUUUCUUACUUUACUGGGCUAUCGUGAGGUCCUAGGUUUCAAUGGCGUGCUUAAAACCACGGAGAAGGCUCACGCAUGAUACCAUAGACAACAGUGCACGGUGUCUCUUGGAAAGAGUUUUUUCUUUUUCUUUCUCUUCUCUUCUCUUUCUCGCUCUCGUUCUUUUUUUGGCGAACCUUGCCUCUGUUUCCAUGAAGAGGGGCCCGCGAUCUCUAGGCUAGAUACGUUGAUAUGAUGUUGGAGCGCCAAAAAUUCCAUAAUCACAUGCAUGCGAGAGCAGUGCCUCCGGAUUACGGUACAGUACCCCAUCCAAUCCAUGGUUUCGAUUUCUGCCAAUGCUUGGUAGUACUUUAGGGAUCCAAAGUCUGAAAAUAUUCUUUUCCUUCUUUGGCCAGCAUUUGCGAAUAGCAAGAGGAUGUCGGAAAUAAUUUGUGAGGGUAUUCCGAGAGUAGAGUAGCCAGUUAUAAUAGGAGGUACCUGAGUAAGUAUCGGUAUGGCAGGUACUGCUGCGCAAUUUUUUGCCCCACAAAAGCGGAGAGGGUUGGCCGGGGCUUGCUCUGAGACUCUGGGGAAUCCCGAUUGUGGGGAGGAAAAGAUCCAAUGGAAUGUCAAAACAGAACAGGGAUCGAUAAAGCUGGAUCAGGGAGGGGGGAGUGGGAGGGGUUAUGAUCGAGAAGGGAUGAAGGAGUGCCAAACCAUACUUGGAAUAGGGGAUUGGAAACGAUAAAAGUGUAAUUCCAAAGAUUGGAUGGGUGGGUGGGUAGAUGGGUGGAUUAGGAAGGGUAUGAUCGACGUCAGGAUAACUCUCCUCGAGCACCGUAGGGGAGUUGAGUGUGGUGUACUCGUAGACUACCGCAGUAGACUAUGAUACUCGCAGGCAGCAGUGGUGGUGUUGAGGGGGCUUGAGAGCUCAUGGUGAGUGAGUGGUGCCUUAGGGUGUGGUUGUGGUGGUUGUGGUAGGUUAGCUGGGAGGGAAGUGGAGGAGCACCGUGGAGGGAAUUUGCUAUGGUGCUGCGUGCUGUGCUCGAGUACUCGAGUAGGUGGAGAGGGUGGAUAGCUUCAUCAUAAGCUACGAUAUGAUAAAUUACAAGUACCGCAGUUGGCAUCGGGAAGCGGUAAGGUUUGCCUGCGCGAGUAAGGCAGGUAAGCUACGAGUACGGUAGAAUUUAUACCGCUAUCACACAAGGGAAAAGGUGCAGUCUACCGGCACCCGGGCAGAUUCCGCAGUUUUACAAUGAGGAUGUGGAACUGAAAAUGGAAUAAUGGGCGAUGUUGGCCCUUUUUACUGACGGAUGCAUGUCCAUUAGUCCAAAAUUGACCUUGAACGGAGUGAUUUUGGUUCCGCUCGACCACCGCCCCUCGUCUACUCAGCUAUAUACAUGACCUCUCCCCUCCUCCUGCUCCCUCCGACUUUGCUUACGCUUCUCACGCCUUUACCUUCAACCUUACAAUAUCGGGGGCUUCUGUUGUCGUGCCGAGUGCCAUUCAGCCAAACCUCAACAUCAAACUUAUCUACACACUUCGAACAAUUCUUCCAUUACCACUCGCCGAGAACCCUCCGAGAAUUGCUGUCUCACAUCAACAUCAUUAGCUAUGGCCCUCGCAGGCACAACCGCCACAGCAGCUGCUCCCAGUUCUGCUAUCUCUGCCACCACAAAUUUGGCACCACAGCCAACUACUGAUAGUAAUUCUGCUGUUGCUGGUCAAAAGAGAUCCGCUGCAGCUGCUGGGAACACAAGCGGUACAAACUUCCGCCCAGUGAAGCGUCGAGCUUCAAAGGCCUGCCAAUGUUGUCGAGCCAGAAAAGUGCGUUGCAACGUUGUCGAACACGGUGCCCCUUGCACAAACUGCAGACUGGAUGAAGUAGAGUGCAUCAUUACCGAGAGCAGACGAAGAAAAAAACUCUGGGGUACCAAGGUUGACAAUACCGGCUCCGCCUCCGAUACCGGUGCCGACACCACCGCCCAAAGGCAGACUAAUGCCUCACCACCAGAAAGGAAAACUAGCCCCCGUCGUAAAAACGAGACCCAUAUUUCGGGCUCUCCUUCGGCAAUGCCAAUUGAUCUUCCCUCCGACAAGGAGAGUGGUGGCCAUGUGCCUCAUCUGAUUUACCAGGCGCAAGGUCUGCGAAUGGGGUGUGACCGUCGGGCAUCUUACGCAUCGUCUCAUGAAUCCCUUCCCUCUUUGGCGAAUUCUCUGUCCACACAAACUUCGUCUUCGUCGUCGCAUCCACGCAGAUUGUUUACCAUCCCUCAAGCUUGCAUUGAACUGCCGGCCUUUGUCAAGCCUACUCCUAUAAAGAUUCCGCUUGAUGAUUUGGAAUACCUAACAAAGAAGGGUGCGCUAACACUUCCGGAGGAGCCCCUGCGGAGCGAGCUGCUUCGGAGCCAUUUUGACUUUGUGCAUCCGUACAUGCCGGUGUUGAACAGGAAAGAAUUUUUGAGAAGUGUUACCUCCGACGAUGGGAGCAAAGGGAAAAUCAGUCUGUUACUUUUUCAGGCGGUCAUGUUUGCUGGAAGUGCAUUUGUCGAUAUGGAAAGUCUUCGUGCUGCUGGAUAUCCAACACGCAAAGCUGCUCGGAAGGCAUUCUUCACAAAAACCAGGGCGCUUUACGAUUUCGACCAUGAACAAGACCGGAUGUCACUCGUUCAAGCGAUUUUGCUAAUGACAUAUUGGUAUGAGACACCAGACGACCAAAAGGAUACAUGGCAUUGGAUGGGGGUUGCUAUUUCCCUUUCACACACAAUUGGCCUACACAGAGACCCGGCAAACUCGAAUAUGGAUCCCGACCGCAAGAAAUUAUGGAAGCGAAUUUGGUGGAGUUGUUUCAUGCGGGAUAGAUUGGUGGCAUUGGGAAUGAGGAGGCCAACAAGAAUAAAGAGCGAGGAUUGCGAUGUGCCGAUGCUUACACUGGAUGAUUUUUCAAUUGAUACAGGCCCUGAUGGUGAGGAGGAUUCGAUGUUCUGGAGUUAUGGGGAAAGGCAGAGGAAGGAAAUGGAGUCGCGCCGACAAAGGGAGCUUGCAAUCCUGUGCAUUCAGAAAGCCAAGUUGUGUAAGGUUAUCAGUCGGGUUCUUUCCGCACAAUACUCAGUAUUGAACACCAACCAAGGAAGUUUAGCGGCCGACGGAAGCACCAGGACCACUAUGAUGCUAUUGCCCAAAAAGCUAGAUCCUGAGUGUUGCCAAGUGGAGAGAUGUGAUGAAGAACUGGCUAGGUGGGUACAGGAGCUGCCGGAGGAAGCGAUCUAUCGGCCAGUUGGCGUCAACAUCCCGAUAGACGAGGUCCUUACCCUGCACAGGAAUCUUCUUCACAUGUGUUACUACACAACUGUCAGCGCUCUUCACAGGCCCCAGGUUCUGCCGUCUGCACCAGCGCCUUGGCCGGCACAGCGCAACAGUUCUGAGCUUCAGGAGGUUUCUCGUAGAAAGGUUCGACAAGCGGCCUCUGAGAUUACUCAUCUCGCGGAGGAGCUGGUUGACUUGGACCUCGUCAAGUACCUUCCAACCACCGGUGUUACCGUAAUGCUUCCGGCGGUGAUUAUCCACUUGCUCGACAUUAAAUCGUCAAAUGCGUUGACGAGGGAGCUUAGUUUGGAGGGAUUCGGCCUCUGCAUGCAGGUUAUGCAAGGGCUUCGACAAUCAUACUCGGCAGCCGACUAUGCAACUCAUUUCCUGGAGGCUGCUAUCAAGAAGGCGGAAAUUCAGGUUGCCGGUCACAAGAAGUUGAGUCAAAGGAGAAGAGCGAGAUACCACCAUCACUUUGACCACCUAACUCCGCAAAAGCCCACGGCUAUCGGCUCCCCACACAGCACACAAUUUAGCGGCAAUGCAAUCGCAAUCCCUGCCUCCGCUCCGCCGUCCAAUGCAGCGCUCACCCCGCCCCCUGACAUUGAAAAUACCAACAUGCCGGAUGCUACACCCCUGGAUGAGAAUGAACUCCAGCUCAAAUUAGAAACCUUCCUCCAAUCUCCAUCAUCUCCAAAACAGGACGAUCACCAGGCCCCAACCCUGCACUCACUACCCCAGAAUUCUGCGGCCACUUUCACAAUUGGUAGUAACGGUGUGCUCCGAGUCCGCGAGGAGCUCUUAUUCCCUUCGGAAAGGUCGGCCCCAAUGACACCAUACCUAUCGGUCCCCCGUGCUACCGACGACGAAGACAGAGACCUGGGCGCUCUGCUCAACCUCGACGGCCAGGAUAAUGACCCGUUCUUUGGACACUACGAUGAGGCGCCGCUGGUGGGCCAGAAACGCUUCGAUGGUGGUACCAGAGCAUUUGACCUUGUCGGGAAUUCAAGCACAUGGCUAGAGGAAGACAUGUCCAGGAUCCUGGAUGGCGUGGAUUUCGAUAUCGAUGACGUUAUUCAGGUUUUGGAGACGGAGAUUAAUUAAUUGAUCAGGCACUUCAUAUUUCCCACUUAUUGUCUAAUAACCGUUCUUAGUAUCCUUUUCCGCCCUCUAUUUUUUUCUUUUCUUCUCUUUUCCGGUUUGGUUCGCGUGGGAUCUACCUACAAUCAGCCUAUUACGAUACCAUGGCACAGCAGGGGGGCGAAAAGCUUUGUUGAACGACUGGGCCGAUAGGAGUGAUGGUGUUUUUUUCUUCCCGCUGUUCUUUUGUCCUUUUCGUAUCGUACCGGUACCGGUACCCACUCUAUCGCAUUUUUUUUUUCCCAAUCACGUGUAUUGUAACCUAUGACAUCUUGUAUAGUAUGACAAUUUCCCUCUAGUGUAUACAUACCCAAGCCGGCCGAUGCUGCAAUGGCAAUAAAAAAGCAAAGGGUUCAUCAA